CUCGAGUGGCCGCUAUGACAGAAAUGGCGGCGUUGUGUUCGCCAUUAGCUCGAUUCUCGAGGACAGAUCGGGGCCACUUUUUCAGAGCAGUAUCUAUGGCAGUUUCCCAACUGAGUGGUCAAGGGAGCAUGGGGAGCAUGGCUUGUGGAGUCUACACGGCUGGCGUCAAGACCUCUCCUACGCUUCUAUCCUCCUUGUUUUGUGUCCAUUUAUCCGUGUCCAUAAGUGUCCAUUUAUCCAAUUUAUCCACCCCCAAAGACCUGAGGCAACAUGAGUCAACAUAAGCUUUUAAAAUAGGCAUAUUUAUUUUAUAACUACGCAUUUAAAUAUGUGCUGAUAGCAUAUAAUUAAAAGUUAAAAUUAAAAUCAACUUUGUCCUAUUCUGAAUGCAUCGCCAUUUCUUCCAGCUUACGCUAACAACAUGAAGUUUGAAAAUGGCGGCUGGCACGGGCAGCGCGGGCGACUGGUGCCUCAUCGAAAGCGAUCCCGGCGUUUUUACGGAAUUAAUUAAAGGUUUUGGUGUGAAAGGAGUCCAGGUGGAAGAAUUGUGGAGCUUGGAUCGCGAUAGCUUCGAGAAGCUAAAACCCGUUCAUGGCCUCAUAUUCCUGUUCAAGUGGUAUAAGAAUGAGGAGCCCAGCGGUUCUGUCGUUCAAGACAACCGUUUGGACAAAAUAUUUUUCGCCAAGCAGGUCAUCAACAAUGCAUGUGCCACGCAAGCCAUCCUGAGCGUCCUCCUGAACGUGAAGCAUCCGGACAUCUCAUUAGGAGAGACGCUGCUUUCGUUCAGGGACUUCUGCCAGAGUUUCGACGCAACGAUGAAGGGCCUAACACUCAGCAACUCGGACGUCAUCAGGGAAGUGCACAACAGCUUCUCGAGGCAGCAGAUGUUCGAGUUUGAUGUGAAGCAGAGCUCCAAGGACGACGACGUGUACCACUUCAUAGGCUACGUGCCCAUCGAUGGCCGCCUCUACGAGCUGGACGGGCUCAAGGACGGCCCCAUCGACCUCGGGCCAAUCCCCCAGCAAGCUGAUUGGAUCGAUAUGGUCAGGCCGGUCAUUGAGGGCAGGAUAAAACAGUACAACGAAGGUGAGAUUCACUUCAACCUCAUGGCGAUGAUCACGGACCGCAAGCUGGUGUAUCAGAAGCAGCUCGACGCACUGACGAGUCGGCUGGCCGCUGGAGCCAUGGAAACAGAUGACCUGCACUCGGAAAUCAGCAAGCUUCACAUGCUUAUUCAAGAGGAGGAAAAUAAGAGCAAGCGCUACAAGGUAGAAAACAUCCGGAGAAAACACAACUACCUACCGCUCAUCAUGGAGAUACUCAAGAUCUUGUCCGAAGAGAAGAAACUGGUGCCAUUGGUUGAAAAGGCAAAGGAAAAAGCACUCGAGAAGAAACGACAAGGAGAGAAGUCUAAAUAAAGGCACAUUGAUUUGCUUGUUGAAAUGGUAGCUACCUCCGAAAGCUCCAAAACGAAAGAACCGUUUCAGAAAACCCUGGAGCUUGUACGAAGUGCACACCAUGUAUGCAGAAAGAAAAAAAAAUGCAGCUCUUUUUUUCAUC